AUGAAGGUGGCGGAUGAGCCUGCCUACCUGACAGUGGGAACUGAUGUCAGUGCCAAGUACCGAGGUGCCUUUUGUGAGGCAAAGAUUAAGACUGUGAAAAGGCUGGUAAAAGUUAAGGUACUCCUAAAACAGGAUAAUACUACACAGUUGGUGCAAGAUGAUCAAGUAAAGGGUCCUUUAAGAGUUGGAGCUAUUGUUGAAACAAGGGCAUCCGAUGGAUCCUUUCAAGAAGCUAUUAUCAGCAAAUUGACAGAUGCUAGUUGGUACACUGUGGUGUUUGAUGAUGGGGAUGAGAGAACUUUAAGACGCACUUCACUUUGCCUGAAAGGGGAGAGACAUUUUGCAGAGAGUGAGACACUUGAUCAGCUUCCACUGACAAAUCCAGAACAUUUUGGAACACCAGUAAUUGCAAAGAAGACAAACAGAGGACGAAGGUCCUCUCUUCCUGUUACGGAAGAUGAGAAGGAGGAGGAAAGUAGUGAAGAGGAAGAUGAAGAUAAGCGGCGUCUCAAUGAUGAAUUAUUAGGAAAAGUUGUAAGUGUGAUAUCUACAUCUGAGAAGACUGAAUGGUAUCCUGCCUUGGUAAUAUCUCCCAGCUGCAAUGAUGACGUCACAGUGAAAAAAGACCAGUGUUUAGUUCGAUCAUUUACUGAUUCCAAAUUUUACUCUAUAGCAAGAAAGGACAUCAAAGAAGUAGACAUUCUCAAUCUACCUGAAUCUGAGCUCUCUGCAAAACCAGGGCUUCAGAAAGCAAGCAUCUUCAUAAAAACACGAGUUGUUCCUGACAAUUGGAAAAUGGAUAUAAGUGAAAUCCUUGAGUCGUCCAGUAGUGAUGAUGAAGAUGGCCCAGCUGAAGAAAAUGAUGAAGAGAAGGAAAAAGAAGCCAAAAAAGAAGAAGAAGAAGUGCCUGAGGAAGAACUUGAUCCUGAAGAGAGGGACAACUUCCUCCAACAGCUGUAUAAGUUUAUGGAAGACAGAGGUACUCCAAUCAACAAACCACCAGUUUUGGGCUAUAAAGAUCUCAAUCUCUUCAAACUCUUCAGGCUGGUUUAUCAUCAGGGUGGAUGUGACAAUAUUGAUAGUGGUGCUGUAUGGAAGCAAAUUUAUAUGGACCUCGGCAUUCCUAUUUUGAAUUCAGCUGCUUCCUACAAUGUGAAAACUGCUUAUAGAAAGUAUCUCUAUGGUUUUGAGGAGUACUGCCGUUCUGCAAAUAUUCAAUUCAGGACUAUUCACCAUCAUGAACCAAAAGUAAAGGAAGAAAAAAAAGACUUAGAAGAAUCAAUGGAAGAGGUGCUAAAAGAAGAUCAAGAAAUGCCUUUAGUAGAAGUGAAGAGCGAACCUGAGGAAAAUAUUGAUUCCAACAGUGAAAGUGAAAGAGAAGAAAUAGAAUUAAAAUCUCCAAGGGGACGAAGGAGAGUUGCUCGAGAUGCAAAUUCUGUUACAAAAGAUAUUGACGAGGAGAAAACAGAAGACAAAUUAAAAGAUAAUGAAUCAGAAAAUAAGGAUAUAGAUGAUGACUAUGAAACUGCAGAGAAGAAAGAAAAUGAAUUACUACUGGGGAGAAAAACGACACCAAAGCAAAAAGAGAAGAAAAUUAAAAAGCAGGAGGAUUCUGACAAAGACUCAGAUGAAGAGGAAGAGAGAAGCCAAGAGAGGGAAGAAAUUGAAAGCAAGUGUGGCUCUGAAGGAGAGGAAGAUGAGGAAGACAUGGAGCCCUGCCUAACAGGAACCAAAGUGAAAGUAAAAUAUGGACGAGGGAAAACACAGAAAAUUUAUGAAGCCAGUAUUAAAAGCACUGAAAUUGAUGAUGGAGAAGUUUUGUACUUGGUGCAUUACUAUGGGUGGAAUGUCAGGUAUGAUGAAUGGGUGAAGGCUGACCGGAUAAUCUGGCCGUCGGACAAAGGUGGACCAAAGAAAAAACAGAAGAAGAAAGCCAAAAAUAAAGAAGACAUGGAAAAGGAUGAAAAGAGGGAUGAGGAAAGGCAGAAGACAAAACGUGGACGACCGCCUUUAAAAUCUACCCUUUCAUCAAACAUGCCGUAUGGUUUGUCGAAGACACCAAACAGUGACGGGAAAUCAGAUUCUUGUUCAUCUGAUAGUGAAACAGAAGACCCUUUGGAAAAGAAUUUGAUGAAUGAAGAACUUUCUCCUGAUAUUAAAGAAGAAAUAGAAAAAAAUGAAAAUUUAAAUGAUGAUAAACUGGAUGAAGAAAAUCCCAAGAUUGUACAUGUGCUAAAAGAAAAUGACAGGACUCAAAUGCAACCUUUAGAAACCCUAAAGUUAGAAGUUGGAGAGAAUGAACAAAUAGUACAGAUUUUUGGAAACAAAGUGGAACAGGUCGUAGAAGUUAAGAAAGAGGUAGAAAAAUCUCCUAAAGGAAAAGGAAGAAGGAGCAAGACAAAAGAUCUUUCAUUAGAAAUUAUAAAGAUCUCAUCAUUAAGCCAGGAUGAAGCAGUAUGUGAACCUCAAAUGGAAGCUCAGAAUCUAGAAUUUCCUUCAUUGGACAGUAAAGACUUUUCUUCUGCUACAGAAGAUGAAAUUGACCAAUGCAUAAAAGAAAAAAAAUUAAAACGGAAAAUACUAGGACAAUCGCCAGAGAAAAAAAUAAAAAUUGAGAAUGGAAUGGAAAUGACAAAUAGUUUAUCUCAAGAAAGGACCAGUGAUUGUAUGGGAUCUGAGGGGGUGAAAAAUUUACAUUUUGAACAGCACUUUGAAACAGAAAAUGAGGGAAUGCCGUCAUUAAUAGCUGAGUCAAAUCAAUGCAUUAAAGAACUGGCUAGUGAAAAAUGUGAUAGUCCAGCUGAAGAAACUGUAAGUACUCCACUAAAAGAAGAAGAGGAUCUGAUGCCUCUGAUUGGGCCUGAGACCUUGGUUUGCCAUGAGGUCGAUUUGGACGAUUUGGAUGAAAAAGAUAAGAACAGUAUUGAGGAUGUGGUGGUAGAAAGCUCUGAAUCAAAUUCUUUGGUUUCAAUUCCAUCUUCCCUACCUCCUGUGGUCCAACAUAACUUUUCAGUAGCAUCGCCUCUCACUCUCAGUCAAGAUGAGUCUCGAAGUAUAAAAAGUGAGAGUGAUAUUACAAUUGAAGUUGAUAGUAUUGCUGAGGAAUCUCAAGAAGGUCUCUGUGAGAGGGAAGCAGCCAACGGAUUUGAAGCCAGCGUCACUGCUAGUACCUGUAGUAUAAUCAUACAAGAGAGAGAGAGCAGAGACAAGGGUCAGAAAAGGCCAAGCGAUGGAAAUAGUGGCUUGUUGGCAAAAAAGCAGAAGCGAACGCCAAAGCGAACAAGUGCUGUACCCAAAAAUGAAAAGAAUGGAGCAGGACAAAGCAGUGAUAGCGAAGAUCUUCCUGUCAUAGACAAUUCAAGUAAAUGUACCCCAGUAAAGCAUCUUAACGUAUCAAAACCACAGAAGCUCGCACGAUCUCCUGCAAGAAUAUCCCCUCACAUUAAAGAUGGAGAAAAAGAUAAGCACAGAGAAAAACAUCCAAAUUCAUCUCCUAGGACGUACAAGUGGAGCUUUCAACUCAAUGAAUUAGAUAAUAUGAAUAGUACAGAGAGAAUCUCCUUUCUUCAAGAAAAACUGCAGGAAAUCAGAAAAUAUUACAUGUCUUUGAAGUCUGAAGUUGCUACUAUAGAUAGGAGGAGAAAAAGACUAAAAAAGAAAGACAGAGAAGUGUCUCAUGCAGGAGCCUCCAUGUCAUCUGCUUCGUCAGACACUGGAAUGAGUCCCUCAUCAUCUUCUCCCCCACAAAAUGUACUUGCUGUAGAAUGCAGGUGAUAAAUGUUUUCUCUGCUUCCCAGCAGUUUGCUGCCAUGGACAUAAAUCCCCCACCCCUGAAAUACAACCACAGAAAGCACUCAACUGGUUUGACAUUGCCAAGUAUAUCUUGUAUACUUUCCCAGGCUGGAUUGUAUCUCCUCCUUCCUCUUUUCUUUCUUCCUGUUGCAAAAUAUAAGCUGAUUAAUAAUUGAAGGUUAGGCAGCCUGCCAUAUUUGUCAUAAUUUUUCCCUUU